ACCAGAGCCGCGCUUCUACACCGAGCGAGAGUUAUUGCAGUGAUUUUGUCACGAGUGGAUUGCUCAUCUCUUCUAUAAAUCUCUGUCAGAGUUCCUCUGGAGUUGGACAUGUCGUUCCCCCAGCUGGGUUACCCGCAGUUUUUAAACGCCUCCCAUGAGCUGUACGGAGCCGAACGAACGGGUGUCAUGCCCACUUCUCCACGCGAGGGAAGCUCCGAGAGCAGCUCAAAUCCGGCGACUGCUAUCACGCCAAUGCUGGGCAUGUACGCGAAUCCGUGGACCGUGCAAAACUACAGCGCCUUCUUACCUUACAACAGUGCCGAGCUGGCCCUGCUCUCUCAGAUGGGAUCGCAGUAUGAGCUUAAGGAUAACCCCGGAGCUCACCCACAAGGAUUUGCAGUCCAUACUACACCCGGUUUCUACCCAUAUGGUCAGUACCAGUACGGGGAUCCGUCCCGGGCCAAGAGCGCAACAAGAGAGACCACCAGCACACUAAAGGCAUGGCUACAGGAACAUAAAAAGAACCCGUACCCUACCAAGGGUGAGAAGAUCAUGCUGGCCAUUAUCACUAAAAUGACCCUUACGCAGGUGUCAACCUGGUUCGCCAAUGCGCGCCGGAGACUCAAGAAGGAAAAUAAAGUGACCUGGGGUCGCAGCGCGGAGGACAGAGACGGACGCAUCUUCGACAGUGACAAUGAUGACGACGUGGACAAAAAUGAAGACGAUGAAGAAAUCGAUCUGGAAACAAUCGAUAUUGACAAGGCCGAGGAGCCCACAGUAGAUCAAAACAAGGCAGCGGAAAAAGAAACGUCGGAUGACCAACUCGAAAGCGUGGAAGCACCACGGAUAUUAUCCUCAUCAGCGCUAAAAAAUACGGACAGCCCUGUGUUAGGCAUUCAUAAAGAGCAGAGUGUGGUAAAAGGCGUCGGAGAGGUUUCUCCUGGUGGACCGGUGUGUCAGAGGCCUGGAAACAGCAAACCUAAAAUCUGGUCUUUGGCGGAGACAGCGACAAGUCCAGAUAAUACGCAGAAAGUCAGCAUCCCCUCGACGCACACAGGCCUCAGGGCCUCACCCUCUCCCCAUCCCGCUUUCCUCUCCACUAACGGAAUUUAUACGUGUCAAAUUGGGAAACUACACAACUGGGCGAGCGCAGCUUUCCUUAGCGCAAAUUCUCUGAUGGGUGUGCGUUCACUUUUAAGUCAGAACAGUCACUUUCCAAACCAUAGCCCCGUUACGAAUCCCGAAAAGAAGCCAUCAUCUGCCCCUGGAUCUCCGUGUCUAGAGGCGGACAGUGAAAACUCUUCCGACAGUUUCAGUGUCAAACACAACGAUCAAGAGAACGUUCAAAGAAUUGAAUCUCCGACACUUGCGUCCAGACCAACAUUUCCAGUCAUCCACGACAGGUCUCAUCAUGAACAUCACAGCGCGCUCUGAAGACUAUUUCAUGAACACAUAACUUUUCUCAAAGAGCUAAAUUAUUUAAAGAAUCUAAUGUCACAAUAAAACAACAGCAUUUACGUCCUCAAAUAGACCAAAAAUUGUAUUUCU